AUGUGGCGAGAAGCUUCCCGUAAAGAUGGAGUUACUGCCUCGACACUUCCCACUACUUUCGAUAUCGAUGUAGAAAAGGGCGUCAAGCAUGCUUCCCAUGCUUCCUAUUCGAGCUGCGAGACUUUGUUCUUAGAGAAAGACCAACCACUUCCGCAGAAGAAGUACAGCAGAUCAUUAAGACAUGCUCGACACACAUUCCUCAACGUCUAUCGACGUUUGUUCUCUAUCGUUUUCGUUUUGAAUCUGAUAGGUCUUGGUGUCUUGUAUGGAAGAUACAGAGAGUCUUCACCUCCGGCCUUCAUGGCCGACUUAGCCAAUGCUGCCUCAGCGAAUAUCAUGGUCGUCCUCUUAGUUCGGCAAGACUAUGUUGUGAAUGCUCUGUUCAGACUCACCUGGAUUAUCCCUCUUACAGCACCACUUCGUCUCAGACGGAUACUUACAAAAGUCUAUGAAUAUGGAGGUGUUCAUAGCGGGGCAGCGAUUAGCUCUGUCACGUGGUUCUCCAUCUUCACUGGCUAUCUCACCAAAGCCUUCAUCGCAUCAGGUCCUCUCCGAAGUCCAGCGAUUUUGACACUCACAUACCUCCUCCUCUUGCUUCUGCUAAUACUCUGUAUCACGGCAUAUCCUCGUUUCCGCUUCUCUUCACAUAACACUUUCGAGAAUCUCCAUCGCUGGGGAGGUUGGUUUUCCCUCGCGCUUUUCUGGGCUGAACUAUGUCUGUUCGCAAAUACCCAAGUUGGUCUAGAAUCCUUGGGUACCAUUCUCAUCAAGCUUCCAGCAUUCUGGUUCCUGCUCGUUUCUUCCCUCCACGCCAUCUACCCCUGGCUUCGGUUCCACAAACUCCACGUGCGCCCAGAGAAGCUCUCAGACCACGCCAUCCGAUUGCAUUUUGACGAGAAGGUGCCUUUGUUCGUCGGCCUUCGGAUCUCGGAUGCACCCCUUCGCGAGUGGCACUCAUUUGCAUGCAUACCAGCUCGUGAGGGACAAGGUGGCUCAGUGCUUAUCUCCAAUGCCGGUGAUUGGACCAAGAAAACGAUUCAGAACCCAAGACCAUAUUAUUGGGUUAAAGGUGUACCUGUCACCGGCGUCCUCUGUAUGGCUCGCAUCUUCAAGAGAGUGGUGGUUGUCACGACUGGAAGUGGCAUUGGACCCGUCCUUGCUGUUGUGCAGGACGUUCGAGAUACGAAAUGUCGGGUCAUUUGGUCGACGCCCGAUCCUUUGAAAACAUAUGGGGCGAGCAUCUGUAAUGCUGUGCAAAAUGUGGAUCCAAAUGCCGUUAUUAUUGAUACGAGGAAAGAAAGAAGACCGGAUUUGGUCACGAAGGCCUGGGAUUUGUAUGUGAGGGAAAAGGCAGAGGCUGUUUUUGUGAUUAGCAAUCCGAAAUUGACAAGGAAAGUGGUGUACGGAUUGGAGAGUAGAGGCGUACCUUGUUUUGGUCCUAUUUGGGACUCUUGA